UCUGCGUUUGUCUGCUCAGCUUCUGAGACGCUUGUGGAAGCCCUGAGGUUGUAGGCCGUGAAAACUGAAGGCAUGGCCCAGGACAUGACUCUGCUGUGGGGCUCCGGCUCUCCUCCCUGCUGGAGGGUGAUGAUCGCUCUGGAGGAGAAGAACCUGCAGGGCUACAACCACAAACUGCUCUCCUUUGAGAAAAUGGAGCACAAGUCCCAAGAAGUGUUAGACAUAAAUCCCAGGGGUCAGCUUCCCUCUUUCAAACAUGGAGACUUCACCGUGAAUGAAUCCUACGCAGUCUGUUUUUACCUGGAGAGUCAGUUUAAGUCCCAGGGAAACAAACUGAUCCCAGACAGCCCGGCAGAACAAGCACUGAUGUACCAACGCAUGAUGGAGGGUCCCACGUUCUACGAAAAACUCAAUGCAGUUAUCUACUACAACUGGUUUGUCCCUGAAGGAGAGAGGCACGACUCAGCUCUGAAGAGAAACAGGGAAGCUCUGGCCUCUGAACUCAAGCUCUGGGAGGGUUACCUGCAGAAGCUGGGCUCUGGCUCCUACCUGGCAGGACCCUCCUUUUCACUGGCAGAUGUGACCGUUUUUCCAACUGUUGCUACUCUUUUCAGAUUUGGAUUGUCUGCUGAGCAUUACCCUAAACUGGGAGAGUAUUACGCAUUGUUGAAGGAGCGGCCCAGCAUCAUAGCCAGCUGGCCUCCUCACUGGCUGGAGAACCCCAAGGGACAAGACACGCUCAAAGACAUCUGAGGUUCACACACACACUGUACAAUCACGUCUGCCUGUAAUGUUUUGGUUUGGUUUCUAUAAAAGCUCUUUUGUUUAUUGUAGUUUCAGUUCCCAGGUUUUCACAUGUGAUACAGCUCUUUAAUUUUCUGAUAUUGUCAUGGAAUGAAAGUGUUGAGAUCACCAGUAUGUUCUUAAUAUAUUAGUGUUACAAGGGCAGAAAUGUAGUUCUUUUGUUUUGUCAAACUAACUUUUAUAUUUAGUUCAAAAGUGUGUAAAAAAGUCGUGUCUGUCAGAUAUUUAACAAACACAGGCAAUGUUGGUCUGUGCAGCAUGUGAUGUUUGCAGGGUAACAGGCAUAGGUUGCAGGCCAAAUGUAAUGUAAUGUGAUAUUGUUGAUCCAGCGUACAUACAUGGCGUGUAUUUGUAACAUCAAUAUCUGUUUAUUAAUAUAUGCAUAAGUCACUAUAA